AAGUUCGUGUGUUGUGCAGUGUUAAAUAGUUGUAGCUGCAGGCUUUAUUAUAAUCGUAGAAUAAUUCAAGCGAGACCAUGCUGCCAAAACGUGUAACUGAGUUAUAAUUUAUCAAUAGUAGCUGUAAGAUAGAAAACUUAACAGCGGCUUCCGUUGUACCCUCAUUUUUAAUAUCACUAAUGUUCCCAUAUUCUAUUAAUACAAUGGUUUGGGGAGCCAAUGCUGCCAAUGAAUUUGACUAUUUUUGAUUACUCAUUUCAGUCACGUAUGAACCCAAAUGACUAGUUGUUCCCUAGAAUUAAUCUGGUUUCACUGUGACUGAGUGAAUGUAUGAGUGAAUGCAUGGGGACAUCCUCAAAACCCUAUGGUACAUUCUAAUCUUAUUCUUUGUGUUAGCUGUUGUACAUUUUAAUUUUGGGGUCUAUGUAACACGUGUGUUGUUCCUAUGUAGUGCAGGGGCUUUCAAUCAGGGACUCUCACCUGAAACAUAUAUGCUGCAUUGUUGUUAAUGUACGCUUUAAACCAAAUCAGCCCUUAAGUGUGAGUUGGAGAGAGCCUGCUGCUCUGUUUUAACGUGAAAUAAAUCUGCAGACCCUCAUCCGUGGUGUCUGAUUGAUCGUCUUAAAUCUACUGCAUCAGCCUGAUUAUCACUUCAGCUCGGCCACAAAUGAUAUCCACUGUAAUGAAAACUAAAAAGUAAUCAGCAUCUUGGAGCAAGAUGAGGGGUCACUUAACAUAUAAGCAUAGCGAUUUGUCUGAAAAUGUCAGCGGUCGGUAACGCGUUUGAAAAUGUUAAAGCAGUCAUUUUGUCUGCUCAUAAAAGUGCCACUCCAAGAGCAAAGGUGGGCUUUUACAACUCCUGGGCAGAGAACUAUGACCAGGACGUGGCCGUUCUGGAGUACCGUGCGCCAAGUCUGGCAGCAAACUGCAUUUCAUCCUAUUUCAGUGGCGAGCGAGAAGCAGCCAUCGUGUUGGAUGUGGCCUGUGGUACAGGACUGGUGGCCAAACAGUCCGUCUCUGAUGUACAGAUGAAGAAGCAUGGAUUUCAGCAUUUUGUUGGUGUCGACGGAAGCCAGGCUAUGUUGGAGAUAGCCAAAGGGACCGCAUUGUACCAGGACUUGAAGCAGUCCUUGCUGGGAGAGGAUCUGCUGCCUGUCCAGUGGGAAGGCUCUUUUGAUGUGGUUGUGAUUGUUGGAGCGCUGAGUGUUGGCCAGGUCCCUGUUGGUGUAGUCAGAGACCUGUGCAAGUCUACCAAACCAGGUGGCUACGUUUGCAUGACAACCAGAAGUAACCUUGAUAACCAGGGAUACAAAGCUGCCCUUGAAUGUGAGCUGAGGAAGAUGGAGGAAGAGGGGUUGUGGACUUGUGUACAAGUCACUGAGGUGGAAGAGUGGGAGCGAGCUGUAGCAGAGCAGGAAGAUGGGUACAUAUCUGGCGCUGUGUACCUCUAUAGGAAAUCUGAAACUGUGCAGAACAUUAGAACAUAAUGUGACUUCACAUCACCAAAUAAAAUGCAAAAUAUGCAAAUAACUCAG